AUGAAGCUUCAUCCUCGUGCUUCUUCGGGACUCUUCUCUCUGCAAUCGCUGCUCAAAAGCGGCUUCUCUCCGACUUUAACCUCCAUCGACAGAUUUCUUCGCUAUCUUUACCGUCGCCAGAAGUUUAACUGCAUUCUCCACUUCUACUCUCAGCUAGAUUCGAAGCAAAUCGACAUCAAUCACCGUAUCUACUCGAUCGUUUCGUGGGCAUUUCUCAAUUUGAACAGAUACGAAGACGCAGAGAAGUUUAUCAACACCCAGAUUUCAAAAGCCUCGAUUUUCCCCAGGACGCACAUGUUGGAUUCUCUAAUUAAUGGAUUCAGCGUCGCACGGGAUGAUCCCAAUAAGGCCCUUUCGAUUCUCCGGGAUUGCUUACGGAGUCACGGUGCGUUUCCCUCUUCCUUGACGUUCUGUUCACUGAUUUAUCGGUUCGUUGCGAAAGGAGAGAUGGAUAAAGCCAUCGAGGUUUUAGAGAUGAUGACGAACAAGAAAGUAAACUAUCCGUUUGAUAAUUUCGUUUGCAGUGCUGUGAUUUCUGGGUUUUGUAAGAUUGGUAAACCGGAGCUCGCGUUAGGGUUUUUCGAGACUGCUGUUGAUUCAGGAGCGUUAGAGCCCAACAUUGUGACUUACACUACGCUUGUGAAUGCUCUUUGUCAAUUGGGUAAGGUUGAUGAAGUUAGGGAUUUGGUUAGGAAACUGGAAGAUGAAGGAGUUGAAUUUGACUGCGUUUUCUACAGUAACUGGAUUCAUGGGUACCUUAAAGGAGGUGCAUUGAUGGAUGCACUUAUGCAGGAUAGGGAAAUGGUGGAAAAGGGGAUAAGUAGAGAUGCUGUGAGUUAUUCGAUACUCAUAGAUGGGUUGUCGAAAGAAGGAAACAUCGAAAAGGCUUUUGGGUUAUUGGGGAAGAUGAUGAAGGAGGGAACAGAGCCGAAUUUGAUCACUUUUACUGCUAUUAUGAGAGGACUCUGCAAGAAGGGUAAACCGGAAGAGGCGUUUGCGUUGUUCGAAAGAGUUUUAAGAAUGGGAAUCGAAGUGGAUGAGUUUGUGUAUGCGACAUUGAUUGAUGGAAUGUGUAGGAAAGGAAACUUGAAUCUAGCUUUCUCUAUGUUGGGAGAUAUGGAGGAGAGAGGGAUUAAACCAAGCGUUCUUACUUAUAACACUGUGAUUAAUGGGUUAUGCAGGGCAGGGAGAGUGUCAGAGGCGGAUGAGAUCUCGAAAGGAGUGAUGGGGGAUGUUGUGACGUAUAGUACUUUGUUAGAUGGUUAUAUCAAGGAAGAGAAUGUUGAUGCUGUUUUAGAAAUUAGGCGUAGAUUUGUAGAAGCUGAAAUCCCUAUGGACUUGGUUAUGUGCAACAUUCUCCUGAAAGCGUUUCUGUUGGUGGGUGCUUAUGGAGAAGCUGACGUACUCUACAGGGCAAUGCCAGAAAUGGAUCUGACUCCAGACGCAGUCACGUACUCAACGCUGAUUGAGGGAUACUGCAAAACGGGUCAGAUCGAAGAGGCACUUGAAAUGUUUGAUGAGUUGAGGAAAAGCUCUGUAUCUUCAGCUGUGUGUUAUAAUCGCAUCAUUGGUGCACUCUGCGAGAAAGGGAUGCUGGAAACAGCCAUGGACGUUCUUAUCGAGCUGUGGGAAAAAGGUUUGGAUUUGGACAUCCGUAUAUCUCGGACCUUGUUACAUUCAAUCUAUGGUAGCGAAGGUGAAAAAGGAAUUCUUGAUUUGGUUUAUAGACUUGAACAUUUGAAUUCAGACGUUUGUUUGGGGAUGUUCAAUGAUGCGAUCUUGCUUUUAUGCAAGAAAGGUUGUUUCGAGGCUGUGAUUGAAGUUUACAUGAUUAUGAGGAGAAAGGGUUUAACAGUUACAUUUCCUUCUACUAUUCUGAUUGCGCUAGUGGACAAUCUCAGAGCAUUGGACGCUUAUUCACUGGUUGUCAAUGAUGAAGAAAGUGGUCUGCCUUUCAUGGAUGUGGUCAAUUACACAAUCAUCGUUGAUGAUCUCUGCAAGGAAGGGUAUCUGAUAAAGGCAUUAGAUUUGUGCAGUUUUGCUAAACAGAGAGGCGUCACUCUUAAUAUCAUCACAUAUAAUGCACUCAUAAAUGGACUUUGCCAGCAAGGUUGUCUUGUAGAAGCUCUCCGUCUGUUUGAUUCGCUAGAGAACCCGUCUGAGGUCACUUAUGGAAUUUUGAUUGACAGUUUAUGCAAAGAAGGGUUGUUUCUUGAUGCUGAGAAGUUUUUGGACAGGAUGGUAUCUAAGGGACUUGUACCAAACAUUGUCAUUUACAAUUCGAUGAUUGACGGGUAUUGCAAGCUCGGGCGAACAGAGGAAGCCAUGAGAAUCUUAUCUCGUAAAAUGAUAGGAAGGGUAACGCCAGAUGCAUUCACAGUCAGCUCUUUGAUCAAAGGUUACAGUAAGAGAGGUGACAUGGAAGAAGCUCUCAGAGUGUUUACUGAGUUCAAGGGUAAUAACAUCUCAGCCGACUUCUUGGGUUUUCUGUCUCUGAUUAAAGGCUUCUGCACGAAAGGAAGAAUGGAGGAAGCGAGGAGCGUCCUGAGAGAAAUGCUUGUUGCAGAAUGUGUCGUUAAGCUGAUCAACAGAGUUGAUGCAGAGCUAGUUGACUCCGAAUCGAUCAGAGACUUUCUGGUGGAGCUGUGCGAGCAAGGAAGGGUUCCUCAGGCUGUUAAAAUCCUAGAUGAGAUAAGUUCCGCGUUCUAUCCGUCUGGUAAAAACUCGAGUGCUCGUCAAAAAUUGCAGUUCUUGAAAUGUGUUAGUGUAGAAGAGGUGGAGAAGGAAGAUUAUGUUCAUGAUUUUCACAGCCUUCACACAACCGUAAGCUCACUCUGCUCCAGUGGGAAGCUGAAGCAGGCUAAUGAGUUUGUUAUGUCUGUGCUCUCUUGUAUGCCAAGAUAG